UCAGCCAAUUGUAGACUCCACGGUUUGGAGGUGGGUGGGUAUUGGGAUAGGGCUGGGACAUUCUGUGGCCAGACCUAGCCGCCUGCAGCCAGAACCUCCAGUCAUUCAUGGCCUGCAAUCUGGAGAGAAACCAGGACAAGUGGAUGUUGUGGGAGCAGGGGCGGCCUUCCUUGCAGCUCUGGCUGUGCAGCGAAGCAGCCCAAGGAUACCCUUGCUCGGGUAUGCCCACUGGUCCUGUGCUAAGCUCUCCUGCAAUUUCCUCUUCCAUGAAACGAGGGAUUUGGACCACCAGUCCUUCAGAUCUGAUAUUCCGAGUAGGAUGCAUCCUGACACUAUGUAGCCUCACAGAGAAGGUGUCCGUGGCCUUCCAGGACCUGGCGGUGCGGUUCUCCGAGGAGGAGUGGCAGCUCCUGGGCGAAGGGCAGAGGGCACUCUACCGGGACGUGAUGCGGGAGAACUAUGAGACACUGCGCUCCCUGGGGGGCUGUGCCUCCUUCUUUUCUUUCCCAGGGACAGCUGAGCGGCUCCCCCUCUCUGCCUUCUUGUCUCCUACGGAGCCUGGAGGAACCAUGGAAGGCAGGAGCUAUGCUGGUGAGGGACAGGAACCUCCUAGGGGAGGAGGCCCCCUGGCAGGAGGAGCACCCCCGCACAGCCUUCACCUCACCGCCCUGGUGCAGCUGGUCAAGGAGAUUCCGGAGUUCCUGUUUGGGGAGGUCAGCCCAGAGGGCGAGAGUGGGAGUGGAGCUGUCAGCCUGGACGGGGAACAGAGCAGCCCUGACGUAGCAGCUGUGACCGUGGAGACUUGCCCUCUCGGAGGCUUGCUCAGCUGCCUUCCAGAAACACCUACUGGCUGGCCCAGCAUGGCUGCCACAUCCAGCAGCAGCUCAUCAUCCAGUGGCCUGCCUGGAGCCGGCGGACAGGGAAGCCCCCUCCCCAUCAAAACUGCUGACAAACCAAGAGUUACAGAGAAGGAAUGCCCAGAAGCCCUAGCUGGGGAGCCCAGCCCUCCUACCUCUAGCUCCAGCAGGAAGAAGGAGAAUGGAAAACAGGAGAGAGGGACCCUGGGGACAGGUGGUCUUGCAGGUGCCAUAGGACUCUCUCCUGGGAACAGCCCCCUGGAAGGCCUUAUCAACUGCCUGAAGGAAAUCCUCAUGCCUGGGCCCCAGCACCCUGAGGUGUCUCCAGGCUUGCCACCUCCUGUCCCUGGCCAGGGCACCUCUCAGCUAACCAGAGUGGAUCUGGGGCCUGGGAGCCCACCCUGGGAAGUGAAGACAGAGGCAGUUUCUGGGGCUUGUCCCCUUCAGGGUCUGCUGAACUGUCUGAAGGAGAUCCCGGAGGCUCGGCACAGACGUUCCGGCCCCUCAGGAGUGGGGGACCCACAGCUGCAGGAGGAUCCAGGGGCCUGCCAAAGGAAUCCUGGAGGGCCCCGACCCCUCCAGACCCCUCCUCCUGGCCCUGGUCCUGGAGCUGGCCGUGUGCUGUCUGUGGUGAAGAUGGAAGACAGCUGGACCCAGAGCCCCCUGGCGCCUGCGUCCUGUCAGCUCAGCAAGUGGACCCACAGCCCCUCUGCCACCAGCAGCCAGGGGGGUGACGGAGAGACCAGAGGGGGCCAAGUGCCCAGCUGGGGCCCCGUAGCUCAAGCCAGCAGUGCCUCGAGCUCACCCCUGGAAGCCCUGGAGGCCUGUCUGAAGGGCAUUCCCCUGAGUGGGUCGUUACCUCCCCAGCCGCCGGCAGCCUCUGGAUUCCAGAGCCCUCAGCCAGGAGACCCCGGGUCCCAGAGGCCCCAGCUGCAGUCCUGCAGAUCACACAGUGAAGAGGUGACUGUGGGGCCUCUUCUGGCUCUGAGUCUGCAGGGCUAUGUGAGAGGCAGCCCCGUCCUCCCCUCAGGUCCCCACAGCACCCCUCCCAGCUUCUCCUCAUCCAGCAGCACCGAUGGGGACCUGGAUUUCCAGAGCCCUGGGGGCAGCCAGGCGCGUCCGCCUGGAAAAGGAAGCCCAGUGGGAAGCUCCCCGCUCCAAGGCCUGGAGAACUGUCUCAGAGAGAUACCAGUGCUCAGGCCACAGUCAGCCUUGUCCUGGUCUUCAGCAGGGGACAGGGGGCCACAGAGAACAGAGCCCAAGAACUGGACGGCGGACAAGGAAGGGCUGAGAGGCGAGGCCUGUGAGCCAGCCCACCUGGGACAGGGGCAGAGAGAGGCCCCCACCAGGAGCUUCCGGCUGGCCAGCCCACAGGCACUCACCUCUAGCAGCAUCCCCGUCCCUGUGUGCUACCAGCGAGGGCUCAAAGACCCCGGGGUCCCCAGGCCGGGGCCAUGGAGGUGGCUCCAAGAUGGGGCAGCCAUGAAGCCCUCCCCACUCCACUGUCUGGAGAACUCUCUGAAGGGGAUCUUGCCUGGGAGGCCCCUGCGCUUUGCCUGCUUGGCAGGUCCCAGCCCCAGCCCCAGCCCCGGCUCCAGCUCUAGCUUCAGCAGCUCAGAAGGAGACGAGCUCUGGCAGCUGUUCCCACAGGAGAGGGACCGCCUUCCCGGCUACAAGGGUCCUGGCCCUCUGUCCCCAUGCCCUGGCGGCGCCCCCACUGGCAGCAACCCUGGUGAAGGCCCAGGGAGAGCAGAGCCCGGGGACCACUGCGGCCUCAAUGCAGCAGGAAGAGCAGAAGAAAAAACAGGAGGCAGGUCCCAGUUGCCCUGGAGAAACGUGUACCCGGAAACCCCGGGCCGGCCUGGCCCUCUGGGCAGUGCUGGAGGAGGGGCAGCUGUGAACCCCUGCCCUGCCCCUCAGUCGGAGAAAAGGCCUGGGCCGGGCCCCAGCAAGCUUCUCGGAUCUGCCCACGGUCCCCUGUCCUGGAAGCCCAGGGUCAGUGAAGAAUCCAGGGGUCUGGGGCCUGGAAAUGGAAGACCAGGUGUUGCAGCAAGGACGCACGGGAAGCCGCCUCCCAGAGGCCUGCCUGAGCCGCCCCCUGUGGCUGCCAUCCCUCCGGCUUUGCCUCAGGCGCCCCCGCAGUCCUGCCCCUGCGGAAGUGGUCUGCAGCCAGAGCUCCGCAGCCUUGGCGCCGCCCUCUCAGAGAAGCUGGAUCGGCUCGCCACGGCCCUGGCAGGCCUGUCUCAGGAAGUAGCCACCAUGAGGACCCAGGUGGAUCGGCUUGGGAAGCGCCCCCGCGGCCCUGGGUCCAAGUGCCAGGCUUCCUGGCCAUGGGCCCCCUCCCGGGGACCUCGCUGGUCUAACGGCCCUGCUCACAGACACCUGCCCUAUUGGAGGCAGAAGGGCCCCACCAGGCCGAAACCAAAGAUCCUGCGUGGUCAGGCGGACGGCUGCAGGGCCGGUGACGCCUCGGGCCUCUCCAGAAGGUUCCGCCCGGUAUCUCAGCUGCCGCCAGAUGCCCCCAUGGCAGAACCUUCUGGGCCCAGCUCCAGCCCUUCCCAGCAGCCUCUCUCCUCAGCACGCAGCUGCCGUGCUGGGGUGCCUGUGCCUGCCUCCCUUGGACACACGGGGGGUCACCAGAGUCCGCCCCUCCUUUCAGUGCCUACCGCCUUACCCCCACAGAUGGCUUCUCUCACAACCAGGGGAGAUGCAGAGCCACGGUUUGCAGCAGUGGUGCCACCUGGGACCCUCAGCUGGCCCAAGGAUGCAAGCAGCCUGAUGGCAGGGGUCCAGAGAGCCUGCGAGGAGGAACUGUGGGUCCCGAGGCAGGGGACCCCUAGCCACCUUCUUCAGCAGCUUGGUCCUGCUGAUGAUGUCCCGACCCUGCCCCCUUCUCCUAGGGGCUGUCCCACCCCCUCAACCUGCUCCAGCCGAACCUUCCCCGCUUCCGGGCCGUGAGGGGGCUGGGUGUCCUGCCACUGGCCUGACCAGCCCUGACCCCAGGACGCUGUUUGCUCAGGGAGGCCACUCUUUGGUGUGCAUCUCAGCCACACCUCUGGCCUUCUUGGCUCAGGUUCAUUCAGAUGCUGCUUCCCCAGCUUGUCCUUCCCACUGGGACAGCCCUGGCUUGCAGGUGGCUGGGGUGCCCGCGCGUAUAUGCAUGCCACGUUUUCCUGGUUGCUCCAGCGGCUGCCCUGCCUCCUCGCACCUGCCCUUCCUGGUCUCAGCACUAAGGAGGGCUCAGCUUUCCCUUUCCUGGUCAAGAGGGGCUGUGGGUGUUCUUUGGAGAGAAACCUGCCCCUUGGUUGAUGCUGGAUUUGCCUGCAGAGUCUAAGUGGAGAAGUAGGGGUACCAAGGGAAAGGCCCUCAGCUUCUUGGAAGGGGCCCCGGUGCAGCUGGACCAGGGCCGCCGUCGGUUCUGUGACCAGGAUGAGCACCUAGUGGGCUCAUCUGCCUGCCUCUGUGCACCCUCGAGGGAAUUCAGUCUCUGGAAAGGUGGGAAGGUCAGCUGUGGAACGGAAUUCCCAGAUGGGCCCUUGGGUGAGCAGUGCGCGUUCUGGGGCCCACGGACCACAGCACAGGUAGUCAUUCAUGGCCUGGAGGCCACAGUCUGAGGUCAGGGUGGCGGCAGGGCAGGUGCCUGCUGAAGCAGUGAGGGAGAGUCUGCCCCAGGGCUCCCUCCCGCUGUCACUGGUCCACUUGUCCACCCCCGUACGCACGACUCGGGAUACUGCCUCUGUAGGGACCUUGUCGGACUCAGCUCGUGCUGACGCCCUCACUGUGACUUGACCUUCCUGCUGUUAGGUGCUGGGACUUAGGACUUCAACAUGAAUUUUGGGGGCACAGUUCAAACCCUAACAUGUGUAAGAGACUGGGUUAUGCCUUCUUGAGUUCAUCUUGGGAGAAGUGAGCAUGGCUAAGGCGUCUCUAGGCCAGUAGGACCUGCCUCAUGUCCUUCCCCAGGGUCAGCUUGUUCCCCCCCAGGCUCACAUUCCCACUUCCAUCCUUAUUAAAUGUGAAGAAUCCUCGGGAACUGUCUGUGUCCAGGUUGCUGAGGCAGGGCCACCCUGCUGGGCUGAUGUGGUCAGCUCUGCUGUCAGGGAACACAGAUGCCACUGCAGAGGCGCAGGCCGGCUCCAGGCCCUACAGGGGCUGUAGCCCCAUGGCACAAGCAAGGUCCUGUGGCUGCUGUGCCUGGUCAGGGGACUGGGGACGCACACAGGGCCAGGCCCAUGCUCCUGGUCGCCCCUCUGGAAGCAGCACCUGCUGAGGUGGGA